AUGUCCGAUCUUCAAUACGCUCGGUCAACGGCUCUGUUUGCCAACGGUAUCUUUGCAGGGCUUAGUAUUUGUAUACACUUGAGUAGUGUGCCAUCUAUUAAAAAUGCAGUGAAUCCCACGUGUGUCUUCCGUGCAGUUUACAAAGGAGGAUCUGAAAUAGGGAUUUCGUCAAUCCUUAUAUCAACUGGAGCCCAUUUAUACAUGUAUUAUCGAACUCGCGAUUCUCGCUCACUUUACCUUGGUCUACUAUCGUUUGUCAGCUUCCCUUACACACUUCUUGUGAUGAGACCAGUAAACAACAAGUUAUUUGCUCUCGAUUCGACCCUCUCCACAGAGCACUAUAAAGCCGACUCUCCUCACAAAAAAGAAGUUUUGGAUCUCCUUAACCAAUGGAAUAAACGCCAAAUGUUUAGAACAGCUACAAGUGCGUGGAAUUUGGUUUCUAGUUUAAAUUUAACAAGUGGAUUAUGA